CCCGCCCCCAACCGGUCUACUGUCUGCAAACCAAAACAUGGACCGGCAGCAGCGCGACCACGACGAGGAGCACGCAGAGGACGCCGACAUCCAGCAGCCGUCCGACGGCGACGCGGAGGAGCAGCCGGCGGCCUCCACGGAGGGCGAAGACCCCGGCGGCACGCAGUCCUCCCACCGCCUGCUGGCCUACAGCGACGCACUCAUCUCCAUCAUCGCCACCGUCAUGAUCCUUCCUGUGGCCCACACCAAGAUGGAGGAGGACGAGGAGUUCAAGCAGAGUGUCCGGCUUCUUCUCACCACCAAGAUCGCCGUCUACCUGAUGACCUUCCUCAUCGUCUCCAUGGCCUGGGCCGCCCACGUCAGGUUAUUCCAGGUGAUUGUGCGGAUCGACGACUGCGUGGCGUUGUUGAACCUGGCGUGCAUGAUGCUGAUCACCUUCCUGCCGUACACGGUCAGUAUGGCCUCACCUUUUGCUGCACAUGUCGGGACCAGACGUCCUCUCUUUGCAGUUCUCGCUGAUGGCCGCCUUUCCCGCCAACGUGCUGGGGAUUCUUCUCUUCUGCAGCUGCGUCAUGGUCCUCGGCGUCCUUCAGGACGUGUUCCGCCCACACAGUCGCUGAUCGUGUUGUACGCCUUCAGCCGGCCGUUCCUCCUGGACCGCCACGUCCAGGAGUCGGAGAACCGCACCUUCUACAAGCAUCACAUCCUGAAAGUUCUGCUGAGGGUUCCUCUCAUGUGCCUCUUUGCCAGCAUCUUCUCCUUAGUCCUGUUCCAGCUGUCGUACGUGUUGUUGGCGGUGGUCAUCUUCCUGCCGUACGUCUCCCAGAGCGUCACGUGGUGCCGCAGUAAACUCCUGGGUCCUCUGGGGGAGACUCCGGACUCUGCGAUGUUCUACGUUCCCAGCGAGCCGCUCAGCAAGGAGCGCGUGGAGGCCUUCAGCGACGGCGUCUACGCCAUCGUGGCCACGCUCCUCAUCCUGGACAUCUGCGAAGACAACGUUCCCGACGCCGGCGUGGUCCAGAAGCGCUUCGGGGGCAGCCUGGUGGCCGCCCUGCAGGUCUACGGUCCCGAGUACCUGGCCUACUUCGGCUCCUUCGCCACGGUGGGCCUGCUGUGGUUCGUGCACCACUCGCUCUUCCUGCACGUCACCAAGGCCACGCGGCUGAUGGGCCUGAUGAACACGCUGUCGCUGGCCUGCGUGGGCGGCCUGCCGCUGGCCUACCAGCUGACGCAGCGGUUCCCGCCUGACUCCCGCAACGAGCUGGAGGCGGUGCAGACCAGCUGCGUCAUCGUCUUCUUCGCCGGCGUCUUCCAGCUGGCCUUGUGGGUGGUGGCGCUCCACAGCGAGCGGGAGACGCUGCAGCCGGGGGUGCGCUACGGCGGGCGGGAGCAUGUCUUCAUGCUGGCCAAGCUGGCGCUCUACCCCUGCGUGGCGCUCGGGACCUUCUUCCUCACCUGCGUCCUCGGCCGCUUCAGCGUCUCCAUCUUCCACCUGGUGCAGAUCCUGGUGCCCUUCGCCUUCCUCCUCCUGCGUCUGCUGGUGCGCCUCCUUCUAGCGCUGCUGCCACACUUCUUCAGGAGCUCCGGGGUGCCCUUUAACCCCUUAGACGCCUAGGGGGCGGGGCUAGGUGUUCUCCGUGCUUGUAAAGUUUCUUAAGAUGGCUGGUUUUUGACUUGAAGAAUGAAAGAGAUGAUGCAGUAUUAUCUGCUCCCUGGUGGUUGUUUGAGCCUUAAUGCUUCUGUCACACGCAGGAUUCUCACAGGAAUGAGACAUGACUAGGCGGUGCUAUCGCCACUUAGCUCCGUAUUCUCACGCCCGUCCAUAAUGCUGAGCAGCAGGUGGCGCUGUCGCUUGGAAGAGUGAAAUAUUGUAGAAAUGAAAUUAAACAGAAGUAAGGUGGAAAGUCACAGAAAAAGUCAAAUUUUGUCUUUUUAUAAUACUUUUUGUUUUAGCAUUUUGGUGGGGUAAAUAUGAAAAAUGCCUUUGACUCUCUAGUGUGGGAAAGUUGGAACCGUGACAUUAGCAUAAGAAGCUAGCUAGCAGCCAACAUCAAAGAUCAUGUAUGAACACAAGAUGUACCAACAAAAAGUUAUGUCCUUCAAAUACGAAGAAAAACAUGCAAACUUUCUUCAAAGCUCGCAUUGCACCAACAAAUUUUCUUGUCGUUCUGCUGUUUGCCAGCAGGGGGCACUGUUAAGCACUUUAGUCCCACUCUUUAUAUUUACAUCACUUUCAUCCCACUCUUUAUAUUUACAUCACUUUCAUCCCACUCUUUAUAUUUAACGGCAUCUGGAAUGUUUUUUAAAAAUGAAGUUUGCUGUUGGACAAGAAUCCAGGAAGUGAGCAGCAGUUAUUUAUGUUAAUUCUAUUUUAGUUGACCUUUUUUCUACUAAAUGUUGUCAACUUUGUUUCCUUCACUUUGUCAAGUCAGCUUGUGCCAAAUAAAACAGCUUCAAG